AUGAAGCCCAACGCCUUGCUCGCACGUGUCCUAUCCUUUUGGAUCCUGACUGUCGCUGUCGCAAGCUCGGCCGAUGCAGACCCCCAGCUGAAUCCGUCAAAGCAGCACUCCCGCGGAGAGGUGGUCAACUUCAACGAUUGCGAUUGCUUCACCGUGGCAGGGCCGGACCCAGGUUAUUUCCAACACUACAAGCUUUGGGACUUUCGCUCCAUUCCGGGAUUCAGGCAAGCUCGCUCCAAUGCAUCGUUCUGGGACGAGCAGUUGUUAUCGGCGCGGUCGUCGGACUGGGUUGAAGAAGAUAUCAGCAAUGAUGAUGAUGAGGAAGUCGACAAUGACGAAAGUGAUUCUAUCGAUGUCCUCGAUGGUCUCGCGAGCAACACGAUCAAUUCCACCGAUGAAGACGCCAGCCCGUUGAAUGAGCUCGAGGCUCUGUGGUUCUUCAAACACGCGUUCGAACGAGACUGGGUCAGUCAAGACUGGCAGCGCCCAAGUGGUCCUCAUGCCCCCAUCACCAUGAUCAAUUCCAAGGACAACGUCUAUUUUGCAAAAAAUCGGCAGUGGCUCGAUAAGAUGUCGACCUAUCUGAUUUUGCGCACCACUCGCCUCCGGAAUUACACAUCCACGGCCGAGAUCGAGACCAAAGCCCGGAAUAUCUAUCAUUGCUCCCUGCGCGUUCGGUUUCGCAUCCUUCCGUCCAACCUGGAUGAGGAGUCGUCAGUCCCUCUUUCAAAGAAUCUACCCGCUACCAACGAAGACAACCCCUUCCCUGGCGCUUGUGCAGGCAUCUUCACAUAUCGUGAGCGUAACUGCGAGUCGGAUAUCGAGCUUCUUACCAAGGACCCUCCAUCCCGGAUUCACUAUGCCAACCAGCCCGACUACGAUGCCGUCAACGACAGGAUGAUCCCCGGAGCAAGCACCAUCAAAGAUAUCCCUGUACCUUGGACUUCCUGGUCCAUCCAUCGGCUCGACUGGCUGGCGGAAAUCUCGCGUUGGUGGGUCGACGAUCAACAACAAGACGCCAAAACAUAUCGUGUACCGAACCAACCCAGCUGGUUGAUGAUGAAUCUCUGGAGUGAUGGGAGUCUGUGGACGGGCGAUCUGCCAAUUGGCGGCAAUGUCUAUAUGGCGGUGGAGUAUAUCGAACUGGCCUUUAACGUCUCUCAAGCCGAUGACUCGUCAAAGGACUCGCCGUCGACGUACCAGCAACCCGAAGAAGUCAAGCCUCUCACGACAGAAAAGGCAACUUCCACGACCCACGAAGACGGCUGGCCCGAUGAAGACUCAGAGCCCAGUGCGCAAAUCAUCGAUGGCGCCCUAUUCAAAAAAUGCAAAAAAGGCCGCAGAGGACGCAAGUGCCGAAAGAAUCAUAAGAAGAAAAAGAAGCAAGGCAAGAAGCCGAAACAUCCUCAUCAUGAUGAGCCUCGACCAUCCGCGUGUGAACGAAUGUGUAACAUUGAUGAAAUGGACUUUGCAAAUGGAGAUGUCGAGGGCUGA